AUGGGUGCGUCGCAUUCGCGGAGCGCGCGCGAGCGCGAGUCCCGGUCCCCGCCGCCCGAGCGGCCGUUGCGGCGGACGCGGGACGAGAGCGAGUCGCACGAUAACGAUGUGCAGGAGCCGCACGCCCGGCGCCGCCGCCUGGGCCUAUCGCGGAGCCUAGGACUUGACCGCAACGAAGAGGAUCGUCCGCCGCGUGCGAGCCGGAUGCUUCCGCGGCGCCUGCGCUCGAAUUGGGGUCGCACGGACGAAGGCGAAGAAGAGCCGCAGACUGGCGACCCUCUUGCUGCGGAGCGCCGCGAAACGCUCCGCAUGAUUGAGCGUGUCCUCGGCCGCGAGCGCGCUGCGGCUGUGACGUCGCGUGCGGAUCCGCCGGCGGCCGAUAGUGCACCUGCCCCAUCCUCAUCGCAUCCGCGAUUGGACCCAGCUGCACUCCGGGGAUCGCUGCCUGAUUCCGAGCGAACACAGCGCGACACGCAACAGGGACACCGCCCUUCGUCGGCCUUUGGCACACUCCUUUCCGAAGUGCUGGGCGCGUCGCGUGCAGGCGCUCCGGGUAGCCAGCAGCCCCACUCCUUGUCGGGCACCUCGGUCAUUGUGCAGGGCGCGCUCGUUGCGCAUACGGCACCGAGCGAUCGGAAUAGGACAGCGUCGAGUGCGACAGACACAUCGGCGGCUGCCGACGCCCCGAAUGCCGACACGCCGGCUUCCACGGGCACGUCGGCUGCCACAGGCACAUCGGCUGCGGAUGCCUCUGCUCCGCAGCCACCACCAGAGGGUGCAAGUGGCACGCGCGAAUCGGGUAUGCCGCACGCUGCGUCGCUCGAGGAACAGGGCGAGAUGCUCGGCCGUAUUUUGCGGAUCGCGACGGCCGCAACGGCCGCAUCGCUGGUCAGCAACCUGCCGCCAGGCACCCCCAUCACUGGGUCGUUUCCCCCGAACGGGGCGCCCGCGCCCGCGCCGGCCCCGAGCGAAGGGCCGACCAACUCCAACCCCGCCCCAACUGUACCUAUGCCUCCCAACCCCGAGACGACUUCAUCCUCUACCCCCCAAGGCACCACCUCCCAGGGACGCACGCCGGGCAGCCGGCUCGGCAGCGAGCUCCUGGAGCGCCUCACGGCGAUCUCGUCGCGCGUGCGCAACCCGGAGCGCACGCCGAGCUCGCCUGCGCCUGCGCCUGCACCGCCCGAGUCCGAGGCCAUGUCGACGAUCUCGCGUCUGAUGCGCGAGGCGCUUCGUGCGUCGGUCGCGGCGCAUACGCCGCGUCCCAGCGCGACGCCGGAUGCGCACACGAACGACUCGCCUGCGUCCUCCGUCCUUUCCACACUUGAAAACGCACGCCACGGCAACCCCAUUACCGAGGGCGAGCCGGGCACCUUUGAGCGAUUCCUGCACGACUUGCUCCAGGACCUCGGUGCGGCGGUGCUUGGCAUCGACCACAGCGGCGAGGCGCGCUCGUCCGAGGCGACAGCUGCGCCGUCGGAUGCGGGCCCCUCGACGCGUGCCUCGACCGAGCCGCCGCGCGGCGCCGAGGAGGCGGAUCCUGCCGUCCGUGCGCGCCGCGAAGGCGAUCUGAGCUGCGGCCAACUCUCCUUUUUCCGUUUGUACCGCUUUGAGCGGAACGAGGAGUCGUCGCUGAUCCCAUGCGUCCUAGUCGGCGUGCGGAGCCUGCGAGCUGAUGAGCGUUUGAUGGGCAACGAGGAGCGCAACGAGGAUGGGCAGAACAAUACCUCGCGCUUCAUUCUCUUUGUGAGUGGCGGGCGCUACCACGACGACCACCCCCUGCUGACCGCGCGCCCCCGCGACGCGGGCCGCGAUCUGAUGUUUAUGAUGGAGCUCCUCGGGACGAUGGCCGCGAUGAGCAACAAGCCGCAGACUGCGAGCGCGUCUGAUAUUGCACGCAGCGGCCUGCGCCGCGUCGCGGCCUCGGAGCUCGCUGGGCUGCGUGAGCAGGGCGAGGUCACGGAAAACACGAGCGAAAAGUGUCUCGUGUGCCUCGAAGACUGGCAGCCGGCAGACGAGUGCCGUAUCCUCACCUGCCACCACGCGUUUCACGCGGCAUGCGUCGACAAGUGGCUCGAGCAGAGCUCCAAUUCGUGUCCUCUGUGUACGUCUCUCUACUAA